AUGGCUCCGGAAAAGACGGACCCCGUGGCAAUCUUGGGGGCAGGCGCCUGGGGUCUCUCGACUGCUCUCCAUCUUCUCAACUCGGGACACACAAACAUCACAGUCUUCGACCAAGCAUCUCAGAUACCAUCGCCCUAUUCCGGUGCUUACGAUCUGAACAAGAUCGUUCGGGCUGAGUAUGAGGACGAAUUUUAUACCGAGUUAGCAUUGAAAGCCAUAAAUACGUGGAAGACUCCUCUAUGGGGUGGCAACUUUCACCAGGUGGGAUAUGUGGUUGCGACGACGGGUGCGGCGCCUGAGAAGGCUGUCAAGCAUCUGCAAAAGGCUCUUGGGUCGGUGAAAAACCAUCCAGUGUUCUCUGGUGGAAUUACACCUCUGUCGAAAUCUCGAGAUUUUAAGGACAUUUAUUGGCAAUUCACAGGCCCAUUGAAUGGAUUCCGAGGAUAUCAUAAUCGACUUGCUGGUUAUGCCCAUUCUUCAAACGCAAUGGUUGACAUUUAUCAACAUUUAGCCGGUCGGGGUGUUAAAUUCGUUUUGGGCCCCCUGGAAGGCAAGGCGGUGAAGCUUCUCUACAGUCGAGAUCACAACACACCUCGGAGUUGCACUGGGUUCCAGGCAGCCAGCGGAGAGAACCACAACGCCAGCUUAACAAUCGUCUGUCUAGGAGCAUGGGCUGCGAAACUCCUUCCAGAUAUUGGUUCCUAUGUCAAGGCGAAAUGUUGGUCUGUAGCCCAUAUUCAGCUUACCGAACGAGAAUGCGAUUAUCUCCGUGGUAUCCCAGUUCUCAAUGUCCGAGACUUGGGAUUCUUCUUCGAGCCUGAUCCAGCCACUCGACUUUUCAAGCUGUGUCCACUUGGGGCCGGAUACAUCAAUACCAACAAGAGCACCGGCAUUUCAUUACCUCCCGGAGAGUCUCUGCCAGCACCCAGGGACUACAUUCCUGCAAUAGACGAGAAGAAGCUACGCACGUUAUUACGGGAGACAUUGCCAUGGUUGGCGGAUCGACCAUUCGUAGAUAACAAGAUGUGUUGGUUCGCGGAUACCGAUGAUUCGGAAUACACGGUUGAUUUUGUCCCGAGCACGGAUAACUCGUUGAUCGUGCUAUCUGGGGAUUCCGGACAUGGGUUCAAGAUGAUGCCAAUCGUAGGAGAGUGGGUUGUCCAGCUCCUGAAAGAUGGAAAACAAAAUCUAUCCAGAUGGCAAUUUAGGCAAAACCUUGGCAAAGACGGCAGAGACUGGGGUGACCAGGUGAGCUGGAGGAUCGGGACAACUGGAGAGAUCGAUGAGCUCAUCGCGGAGAAGGAUCGCGUCGUGAAAGCGCGCUUGUGA